AUGCGACAACGAAUUGACAAAGCCGUGUCACCUGCGCAUAGAGAAGCUAUCGCGGAGAUACCAAGCACGUGGCUAUACCACACGAAUGCCAUAUCCAAGCACCGCGGACAUGCAAUCAUCCUAUCAAACUUCAGUUUGAUUGUUGUCCCCUCUCUCCACUGGCGCGGCUCAUCGGAGGUGCGAAUGCUCCUGGUGGCACAGACAGACCAAAUUACCCUCGUCUUUGCUGUAUAA